AUGUGUGGACGCAAACACUUAGAGCUCCCAGAUGUACAAGGGCGUCCGUAUAAGGGUGUUAAGUGUUGCGAGAAAAGCCCCUGGUUCGCUGAGCACCCUGUGAUAGCGGAAGCUUCUCUGGAUUCCUUCUCACGUUUUCUGUGGCGAGCGACGAAUGGGCGUGCCCAUCUGGGAGACGUGGGCGUAGUGGUGCCGCCCACCCUCUCGCGGGCUUGCUCAGUGACCCCCGGCGCCCGCGCUACCUGGCAGAGAUGGGCGACGGCAGACCUGAGACUGGCACCAAGUGCCGUGUCUUCCGGAAGCUCAGCCUGAAGGAUGUGGGCGGCCCGGAGAGCACAUCACCCUCGAUCCCGACGUCGUCCUCGAGCUGGCUGAGGCUGAGGUUGACACUCUGGGUCGCUCUCUGGUCGGCGCGUGGGCGAGGUACCGCUGGGGCGUGUUCGAGGAGCGAGGGUACGAGGGCGACCCCAAGUUCCCGGCUGCCCACAUGAUGGAUGACGUGCCCAAGCCCACGUCCUGCACCAACGCGCCCACGGAGGGACAGUGGAUCUCCAGAAAGGGAUCUGGUCCAUGUUCGGAGGAUGACCUAGAAGGGUGUGUGUGGGUGCCUGACCUCAAGAGCCAGGUCAACUCAUCGAUCCUGUACCAUGCUGACUUACCUCAGAUGCGAGGCUUCUGUGACAGCGAGACCCACGACUACGACUCCCCGACGCCCCACAAUCUCCUGUGCGGAGCCAAGAGCGUUUGGGAAAUCAUGAGGCAACAUCCAGACUUCGCUGUCAAAGCCACACCCUCUCCCCCUGCUAAGGUGGAGGUAGAGCAACAGGCCACAAGACGCCCCGAGGGAGAGGAGGUACGUAGUGGCACCAUUAGGAAAGGGAAAACAGAGUCCGUGACACCUGCGACGUCCACGUCGACAACUGCAGGAGGGGUGACACGAGAAGACCCGACGACGACAGAGCGUCUGUUCUUGGAUGACGUCCGAAGGAGGUUCGAGGAGAAAGCCGCUUCCAAAAGCGAGGCACAGGUCACUCCCGAAGUGGGGAACCAGACGCAGAAGAGGAGCAAAAGGGAAGAGACUAAGACUAAUCCGGAUGUCAAUCUGCGGCCGAGCUUGGUGACCGCCCACAUCGCGACGUCCAGCUCCCCUCCUCCCCCGCUCAACGCCUCGGCCUCGGAGGACGCCUUGCCGGUCCAGGACUACCUCAUCAGCAGCCACGAAGUUAACUUUUCGGAGAACUCAGGAUUCUCCCACCAUCCGAACCACGAGCCCGCCAGAGACAAAAGCAGGAAAAGGCUUCCAGGGCGCCAGGAAUGGAGUCCUCCUUCCCCAGAGCUCGUCCUGCUGGCCCCUGCCCCGAGGGCCGUGGUGCUGGCGCUCGACCUAUCUCAGGACGCUGUGGCGCAGGUCAACAUGGAUGAGCUCCGAGGCGGGAUCCUUCGCUGGCUGUGGGGCCUCGGCUCCAACAUCAAGGUGGGCGUCUUGGCGGCCUACAACAACGCGUCCUACCCACUCAGUCUCGGCCCUCUCCUGCACGCUCCUACCACGACGUCGCAGCUGGAGGACGAGCUCGCUCUCCUCCCUUCUCUGGACGAAGUGGAAGAUGGGGUGUACGGGGGCGAGUACUGCCUCGACUGCGUUCUGAGGGAGGCUUCAAAGAUGCUGGAGGACGGCGGUGUCGAAGAAGGAGCCGGCGUCCUUCUCUUGGUGGCGUGCGCGCCCCAGGUCUCCGAGGACACUCUGGCCGGUCUGCGCCAGAGCCCCUUGGCCGUCCAAACCCUUGCGCUCUGCCCUUCCACCGACCCGAAGUUCGACCAGCUGGCGGGGUCGGGCGGGUCGUGGGUGCUACCGAACACUCCCACACCUACGUACCCAGGAGAGGCAGGGAAAGGCCGCGAGCAGAGGGCAGCGGCUGUGCUCGCUGCUGCUACCCAAGGCGCGAUGGCUGUCCCGGGAGACCCGACGCUCGUUAGGGUGGGCGGACUGAUAACCAACGUGGAAGAACGAAUGGUAGAGAGCGCCGGUCCGUACGUGACUAUGUCUGGUAGACUAAGACUCGCACCAGCUCGCGAGCCUCACCUGGUCAUCAUCACCACACAACAUCAGGCAAAGAUUGUGGAGCUGACAAAUCCCCAGAAGGAAGAAAUCGACUUGAUUCGAGACACAAACCAGCGCUUCUGGGCCAUCGUCGGCAAGGAAGGCGGGGAGUUCACUUACACGAUCAAGUUCCUCAGGAGUUCGAUCGCUUUCCCGUUUUCUGUGACCGCGGAUGUGUAUGUGAGAAAACAGGAAGACAUCGGUGUUGUGGUGAAACUUUACACAAACGUCGACGACCACAAGCCGAUGCAGCCGGACUCGCGCCCUCUCGUCGCGUGGGCGGAGGUCACUCUCGAUGGACGUCCUGUCGUCGGAGCAAAGGUCGUCCUCAAGAUAACUCACCUGAACGAGGACGGUCCCUCCGACACGCUCGAAUUACUGGACAAUGGCAACGCAGAGCCCGAUGUGCGUGCGCAUGACGGCGUUUAUACUCGCUACGUGACGUGGCUGCCCGUCGAAGGGAGGUAUGCCCUCACGGCCACAGCCACUGAUCAUCAGGGGGCGGCGUCCGUGCUGGCACCGAGACGUCGAGACGGCCGCGUGGUGCCCGUGAGUGCCGGCCAGUUCACCGUCGACAGUGCGUCUGUGUCUGUUAUCGUGUCACGAGUCACCACCGCCGACAUCACACCGCCCUCUAGGAUCACAGACUUGACCGUGACUUCAGUGCACGACACGACUGUAAACCUCACGUGGGCGGCUCCGGGUGGCGACCUCGAUCAAGGGUCAGCGUGGCGUUACGAGCUCAAGAUGUAUACUGAGCGCAGCGCCCUCAGCGAGGACCGCUUCAACACCUCCACCAUCGCCGUCUACUGCAUCACCCACGACCUCAGGGCGCCCACGCAAACGCCCGCCAGCUACGGGACGCCCCAACAUUGUCUUACCGAGCUCCCCUUCACCAAUCUCAGAUGGUACUUCGCCAUCCGCGCCAUUGACUCGGCCAACAACACGGGUCGGAUUUCCAACGUGGUGUCCGCCUUCGUCCCUGACCGCGAAGUCCCGUCGAACGCCCAGACCGUCAUCAUGUCGACGAUCAGCUCCGCCGGCCCGAGCGACAACCAGACGGCAGGAAACGCGACCCACCCCGCCCACGCCAGCAGCGCCGGCUACGACUGGAGAGUGUGGCUGGCGGUCGGCGUGGGCGUGUGUGGCAUACUGCUCGCGGCGGGCAUCAUCCUGGCGUGCAUCUGCUGUUGCAAAAGGAACCCCGAGGGCGGAGAGAAGGACCCCGACAGGCCAAUCUACAAGAUCUACGUGAACAACGCCUACAUCCAGGAGGAAGAUGGCGAGAUCAAGGUGGUGAGCAACGGGAAGCUCGUGGACGACAAAGAGCCGAGCCAGGUGCAGGAGUGGGUGAACUCCCUGUCCAAGUUCGGCUCGACGGACGUGUACGGGGCAGAGAACGGCGAGGCCCCGGCGGCGGCGACUGAGGCUCCCCUGGUUGAGUGCCGUCCCCGCGCCUCCAUGAAGUACGCCAGCCCCGUGCGUUUCGGCGUGCUCACCAACGGCUCCAUCAUGAGGGAAGCUUGCGAAGCCCUCGGACGACCCCGCCGGCGAGGACUUCAAGUAUCGCGAUUUAUCUGAGACGACGAGCAACUCGACAACGGACGGCGGGGCUUCGGCGUCCUCGACGGCCACGACAGAGCUUCCCCCUCCCCCGCCUCCUCUCAUGGACAACACCACAACCUUGACUGUAAAAACAACUAGUUCCGGUCUCAGAUUCAGCCCUUGGGCGUCCCGGGACCGACGGUGAUCUCCAUCCACGCGGGAUCGACGCUCCACAACGGGUACAGCAGCGACGAGGAGGGAGGUUUCCGGCCGCGAACUGUGCCUGGCCCCGGACCAAGACGGUACCUGCCCAACCACUUCUCGUCUUUCCGCUACCUGCCGCCGCCCCCCGAGUACCGCUCUGGAGGCGCAGGAGGCAACUCCGGCCCGCUUGACUACCCCACCUGCCACACGAUCUCCCGGGCCACGGCGACACUACCGCACGGAACAGUUCGCAGCGUCAAGAAGCGACGGCACAUUUCGUUCGUGUAGUUUCGUCGAGACAAUUGAGUGCUACAGUCUUCGUGUACGGUGAAAACACGUGGAAAGUCCUGCAUAUAUGAAAGUUAUAUAAUUGAACUCUGCUUAAAUGUUUUGCUUUUUACACUUUGUAGUUUACGCUACAGACUUUUUAAGUGUGCAAGUAAGAGGUUUGCUAGCCCAAAGUUACACGGAAAAGUAUACUGAAACCCGUGAAUAUUUACUGUUAAUUGUGAUUUGAAACUAGAAAUUCUUGAAGUGGACAAGUUCUAUCGUAGUUUCUUCCGUCGAUGUGUGGUAUAUUGUGUAUAUGUGUGUACUUGUCUUUGUAUAUGUUGGUGUAAGCUUGUUUCUGUAAAAAUGGCUGAACAAACAGUCCUUUAAGAAAAAUGGUUGACCUUUGUAAUUACAUUUGCAUUAUAUGUAAAUACGUUUUGUAAAUAUUUUCCCCAAAGGCCAAAAUUAUUUUGAUCCUAACUUUGUGAUAAUAACUGUUAUGUUUCUUGCAAUCUAAUAAUCCAAAUCCUCGAGAAGAGCGCUCUGCUAAUACACCUUUUAUAUGCAUAAAACAAAUAACUGUUUUCUUAUGGAAACAGUUUACAUAAAGUGAACUGUGACAAUAUACAUGCAGAAUGCACAUAGACAAAAAUACCAAAUGACUAAUAUGUAUAUAACAUGUUAAUCGGAAAGUGGAUACUACCAUGACCAUUAGAUAUGAUGAUAUAUAUCUAAUAUAAUUAUUUAAUUAUGUAUACGUCUUUAUAUCUAAUAUGUCUAAUGAUCAUGGAUAAUUAAUUUCAAACACUAUUUAUUACAUGUCUGCAUCUUCUCAGUAUCUUGCCAAAGACUUCAUAACCAUCAACCAAAACCAAGAUUCAAGGAUGGGGUUUAUUUAACGGUUUUCAUUCAGAUUCUGUGUAAGUUUUUUUUCCCCAUGCUGUCGCGUACUGGUUAUGGUGGUUACAACUGUAAAUUUAUGUAAAUAUUUAAUGUAAAAUAAAUAUACGAUUUGAA